GUGAAAGCAAAAGUAAAAGUGACACAGAUGUGAAUCUUCGUUCGUGAGAAGAGACUGGCAUUGUGCCUGGAAUGUUUGUAGAUGUCGACAUCUCCUACCGAUCUGUGCCAAGACCCAUAUCCGAACUUCGUCAGACAUGGAUUUCUUGGUCGCGAUGGAACCAAGUUCCUUAAACUACAUGCAGACACGCUUCUUUUCCGAAGCAGAAAAUCCCAUCAGUGUUGUUACUGACGUUGACGGCAUCGAGAGAGUUGGUGAAGGCCCCGAGCAGAGUCAGGAGACCAGUGCUGCGGCAGAAAGCGCCACACGACAGUCACUUAACCCUCGUGUUCAAUUUUUACGGCUUUCGGCUCUAGUACGGGGAAGACAAGGUAUCGCAGGCGCGACUCCUCCAUACCAGCCAGUGCCGCCAUCUCUAUCCCGCACAGCCACCGAAGACGCAGAGGAGAGUGUUAGCGAUCUUCUAGAAGUCAGAGCUAGCUCGCCGUUGCGGAACCUCGCCUUCUCAAGAGAUCCGCGAGUGCAUGAGUCACGACAACUCCGUCACACGAUCUCUCAUUCCACGUUGCAACAUUUUCAAACACCACUCCCUCCAAAACCAACGAAGAUGCCUCAGACCGGGUUCCAAGCGUUGAUACUAUGUGGUCCUGGUAUCGGACUCAGCACCUUCACCAGUGUGCCUAGCGAAUAUCCCAAGGCUUUAGUUCAGAUAGUCAACCGACCUAUGGUAUGGUACGCCCUCGACUGGUGUUAUCGGAUGGGCGUCACGGAUAUAACUCUCAUCACUCCGCCAACCUCGAAAGGACCUAUUGCCGCAGCUUUGGCACAAAAUCCCUACCUGACGUCUCUUCCCUCCCCAAGCCCCGACUUACUAGCUCCUGAAGCGCUCGAAUUCACAACACCCACAGCAGAACUACUGAGACUGCCCGAGGUACAAGCUGUUAUCAAGUCAGACUUCGUGGUAUUACCUUGCGACUUGAUCUGCGCCAUUCCUGGAGAAACCUUCCUUGAGACAUACCUUACGAGGCUAGGUGGGCCUGGCGGUAUUGGCUGCAAUGAAGACGUUGAGGCAACGAGGAAUCAGCUUCUUGCGCUCGGAGGCGAACGCCGAGGGCGUAGGGGUGGUCUGUCAAUAUGGUACAACACGAUCGAUCGGGAAGAAAGCGUCAAAGGUGAAGAAUGCGAUUUCAUGUGUACUACCAAGCUUGAUCCGGAACAUGACAUACCCUUGCUGAAAACGUCUUCCGCCCAGACGCAGGGUAUUCUACGCAAACUAGUAUGGGCCAUGCCCAUGUCUGAGCUCUGGGAUCAGUGCGAAGAAGACAAAUCAUGGAAGAUCCGACAGUCACUCCUCCGAAAACACGGCGCUAUCAAGUGCAUGACGAAGUACCGCGAUUCGCAUAUCUACUUCUUUCCUCACUGGGUCAAAGACUUUGCACUAACCAACGAAGAUUUUGAAUCUGUCAGUGAAGAUCUGGUCGGAACAUGGGCGAAGGCCGAGUGGCGCAAACCUAGUUAUAGGGCACGACUCGGCGCCAGAAAGAUCUUCUCACCAAAACCUGCAGCGGGGCGAACUGACCUCUCAAAUCAUGAACGUCCCAUCGAGGAAGAAAUUGACCUACUCUCGCUGAGCAGUACUCAAAUUACUACGCAACCGUCAACAGACUCGACACCUGCUCGCACAGCCCGUCUCGCAUCGAGAGUUCCUGUCGAGCUCCUCUCUCCUGACAACUCUUCUCAUUUGGACGAGGAAAGCGGACCAGUGCCACUUGUUCCACCUAUCCUCUCAUACAUCUUACCCUCAAGCUCUGAUGCGCCUUUGGUGCGCCGCGUCGACAACACCCCGCUUCUCCUAUCCGUCUCCCUCGCUCUGGCCAAAUUGCCCUCGGCAGAGGAAUCGACUGCGGCCAAAACCCCCGUCUCGCCCUUCUCACAUCCUGUGAAGAUCCACGCGACAACUACCAUCGCGCCGCGGGUCACUAUCUCCCGCGCCGACACCCUGAUCGACAGUAACAGCACCGUCGCGACACAGUGCGUCAUCAAGAACAGCGUGAUAGGGGCAUCGGUAGCAAUAGGUACCGGCACAAGGAUUACAGGAUGUGUCAUUAUGGACGGUGUUACGAUUGGAGAUAAGUGUGUCCUCACGAAUACCGUGAUUGGGAAGAAGGCCAAGAUUGGAAAUAAGGCAACGUUGACUGGCUGUGAGGUGCAAGACGGCAAUGCUGUGGCCGAUGGGACGGAAGGGAAGAAUGAGAAGUACCUCGUCGGCGGGCUCGAGGACGAAAUGGAAGGUGACGACAUGGGAUAUGACGAGGACGAUGAGGAUAACGCGGGUGAAGGACUGAGUCUAGAAGAGCCGUGAAUAAUUCCCUUACCCAACUAUGAACAUUGGGGGCUAGCAGAGGUGCACCCACAGCGCUGAUAGCAGUGGCAGAACUUCCGAAACUGGACGACUGUACAAUCAAGAACGGGCAGCUGGACGAGAUAAGAUAUGUUGACGAUGAUAGCAAGCCGUUUCUGUCUAGUCGAUGAGAAGCGCUCGACUCGGGAAUGAGGUGACAAGACAAAAGUAAAGAUACGAAUGGCGACACCUACUAUCCCGCUCUACAACUGACGGUAUUGGCUGCUAAUUGUUCGUCGGACGAGUUGUAUGUUACCUUAGAUUUGAUAGGAAGGGAGCAUGACUGGUAAAUGUAGGCCUUACAGCAUAUAGCUUCCGGCGGCUCAUGGCCGAAGAGGGGAUUUGGCGUAGGCGGUCUCCAGAACGUCAACCCCAGUGACAUGGUUGUAGGGUGACAUAUUUGACUCUGCCUGCUA